UUACUGCGGCGGAUGUUGAUGUUUUGUUUCGGAGCUCGCAGGAGUAUGUGAAGCGCUGGUUAUUUUUUGUGGUCAUCUUCCCAUUCUUUUUUGUACAAUUUUGUUUCGGUAAGGUUUCGUUGUUUGUCGGCAUCGUGUCUCUCCCGGUGUCUCUGCCGGGAAGCGCGAGACCGAGUCGUGCGAUGAUGGAGGACUUUGAUGAGAUUUACGAAGAGGAAGAGGAGGAAGAGGAGGACGAGGACAGGGCCGCGGAGGAACAGCUACUCAAGUACGCUCCGGACCCGGUGGUGGUACGAGGGUCUGGCCACGUCACUGUGUUUGGACUUAGUAACAAAUUUGAGUCAGAAUUUCCUUCAGCGCUUACAGGAAAGGUGGCACCAGAGGAAUUCAAAGCCAGCAUCAGUCGUGUGAACAGCUGCCUGAGGAAGACGCUGCCGGUGAACGUGCGGUGGCUCCUGUGUGGCUGCCUCUGCUGCUGCUGCACUUUGGGCUUCAGCUUGUGGCCUGUCAUUUGCCUCAGCAAGAGGACAAGAAGAUCGAUAGAGAAACUUAUAGAGUGGGAAAACAGCAGACUUUACCACAAACUGUGUUUGCAUUGGAAACUUAGCAAAAGGAAGUGUGAAACCAACAACAUGAUGGAAUAUGUAAUCUUAAUAGAGUUUCUUCCUAAGAUCCCCAUCUUCAGACCGGACUAACAGCCACAGCCGAGCUACAACUUCGCUGCUGCUGCUCAGCUGUCACAGAAUCACAGCGGCUGUAAAGUUCCUGAAUAACAACUCCCCUUGAAUUACUCCAGUAUUUGUGUUUACAUAAGUCCUCCCGCUGUGUUUUUUUUUUUUUUUUUUUUUUUUUUUUUUUUUAUCCCUGUCCUCAAACAUACCUUAUCUACAUCCUUGUUUACAAUUCAGUAGCCCCAGUUUUGUUUUUUGAGGGAAUUCAACAUUUAACUUUGGCCUUCUGGUUAGACUGGUGCACCGUGAAGCUACUGCUACCUGGCCACCACCCUGUGGGAUGUUACAGGUGAAGCAGCCACGGGCGGUGUGUUGUAGAUUUCUGACCUAAAACAAGGAGUGCACAUUCAAAUGGAGCUCUGUGAGACAUAACUGGAACUUUGUUUCCUAACCUAAGCACAUGGCACAGUCAGACCAUGAUAAAAACACUUUCAAAUGUCGCACUCGGAUUCACCUGCAAAAAAUACACCCCAGUGCUUUCAGAACAGUCGUGGUGCUCUGGAUCUGUACUGGAGGCUGUGGAAGUGACAUGAGCUGGAACUCCAAAGGAGCCUUUAUCUGAAUCCACACUGUAGUGGAGAGACUGGCCAGAACCACCGAACACCCUCUCGCCUCUGUUCACAUCUCUGCACACUUCACUGUGCACCACCCAGGGACAAUCACACACUCUGACUGCACUGUUCAUCACACAAACAUGUCUCUGAGCUAUACGGCUUACCUGGCUCGGUUUGUUUUCAACAUUGUGUGUGCCCAGGUGAUGAACUGGCAGCCUAGCAACCGCUUUUGAGUGGCGAUGGAACAAAAGCCACUGGCAAUGAAAAUUUUUUUCUUUUUUUUUCUAUCAAGAUUUGUUUACCAUUUUGAUGAAAGAGACAAUUGAUGCUUGGAGAACAUAUGUAUGAGUGUCACAGAAAUGAGCUAAAACCUUUUAGAAAUCAGACAAAUCAUACAUGAAAACAGACUCAACUCUGUAAAGCAGGGUGCUUUGGUACAUCUUAUUACCAUAACCGAUUUGUUUUCUUGUUUUGGGUUAUUUUGGGUUAUUAGUGUGCGUACAAUAUAUGCAUUCAGGAAAAAUGGCGCCCUGAUUUGGCAAAGGAUAUCCGGGAUUGUUCUUUUCAUCUGUGGUCAUGUGACAACACUGAAGCACACGGUCGCAACGUCCUUCACUCGUGUACAUGGUCUGUUUCACUUAUGUGUUACGGGGUUAUUUAAGUGUUAAAGUUAAUGGUGAAAAUAUGCAUCUGCUGUUAUAGAUGUAUUUUCUCAUGUUUGGGUUGACUAAAAGGAUUAAGUUGUCCUUGUAAGGCAUUUACCAGGGUCAUCAUGAAGCAAGAUUAACAGUUAACAUUGAGUAGAACCACACUGCUCCCAAAUCGAGCACUAAUCAGUGUUUUUAUUUUGAAAAUGGCUGUUUUCGUCCUAGUCUGACAGAACAAAUCCCUCCAAUAAACAGGCCUGCUGCCUGGUACCAAAUAGGACACCAACAACCAGCAACCUGCUGCUGAAUAAGUAGCAUUAAGCUGCGGGAAGUGGAGAUAUUUCUCUCAUAAGUCAUUGGAAAUGACAAAGUUGGACAUCUUUAAGAUGACAGAAGUUCAUGAAAGAUUUCUAGCUAACAAUCCUGGUUUAGCAUGAAGCACGUAAUUUUAAUUAGAUGUUUUCAAAGUUUUUAAGAAACCCAGAGAACAGAUGGGAUUGACAAGGACAGCUGUACGGAGAUUGCUACAUCAAGCUUUUCCUACUGUGUCUGCAUGCCAGCAUCCAAACAUCCAGACAGGGUGACUGUGAUCAUGGAAAUCAAGUGUUUGAACAGGGCCGCCUUGUUUAAGGACAGAUUGUAUGUGGGGCACUCAGGGGAGAUAAACAACAAAAAUGUAGCGUUGCAAAACCUCACCAUCAGGUAUGUUCCAGAGUUACACCAGGGUGUCGACUUUAAUACACAGAUCACACGUUUGCUUGAAUGUUUGUUGGAAUAUGUGUAAAAUGAUGCAUUUGCAGUUGUUUUCAAGCUGGGGGGUGGGGGUAGAAACGCCUCUCUUCCCUUUCUAAAGUCUCUGUGGUCCUCCUGUUCAGAUAACAGCGGAAGCACAUACACACAUGGACCCACACACAGAUGUAGAACUAGUUUAUAUGUAAAAAGUCCUCAGAGUCACUUAAUUACUGCUGGUUUGCCUAUCGGUUCAUCUGUCACCUUUUCUACGUUUUGAUUAUGUUCUGAUAGGUGUAAAUCAAGACAUAAGACCUAUGAUUUUUUUGGGGUGUGUGCGUGUGUGCACAGUGUAUGCAGAUGUAAAUGUUCUUCAUAAAUCUAAUUGAAUCCUGCACAGAAAAAAUCAUUUUUAUGUAAUCUUGAGAGUUCUGUGUGGGUGUGUGUGUGAGAGACAGAUAUGUGUAGAUGACUUAUGAGCAGAUGUAUGUACAGUAAUGAAACUAACAAUAAACAAACAAGGCUGUGGGCAUCCUC